AAUGACAACACCACAUCACGGGCCACACAUACAAAACCAUCCAACCAAUCGCAGCGCAGUGCUGAUCCAACCAACCGAAAGCCAUCAUCGUCGUUGUCGUCUUCGCACAGAGGAUAAAAAAAAAUCAUCAGCAGCAGCAGACAUUCAAGGAGCAAAUGUCACAACAAAAAUAAAGGACACCCUUCAUCAGGAGUAAUCACAGCGAACGCGGACGGAACGAAAAAUGUCGUCGUCCCCAGACUUGGAUUCCGUUGUCCAGCAGCAGGUUCACCACAUAGUAGGGGGAUACAAUCACUCGGACUGGCAGCCAAUUACCCUUACCCUAGUUGAAUACCCCAAAGGCGACCUGCUGGGGAAACUGCUGGCAUGGAUCAGCUUAGCACCGUUAGGAAUCGGGGCCGGCUUCGUGGCGCUGAUACUCUUUCGACGAGAUUUGCAUACCAUUGUGUUCUUUGUUGGGACGCUUUUCAAUGAGUGCGUUAACAUGGCGUUGAAGCACUGGAUACAGGAACCGAGACCGAUGACCCGGUCGCAGAUUUGGACCGAGUACGGGAUGCCUUCUAGUCAUUCGCAGUUUAUGUGCUUUUUUACACAGUAUGUGCUGCUGUUCAUUUUUAUAAGACUGCACCACAUGAACAACAAUAACGCCCGGAUGGAGCGGCUAGUGCGGCUACUGGUGCUAUUCGUUUGUUCGGUGGCCACCUUCCUGGUGUGUUACGGUAGGAUCUACCUUCAGUACCACUCCCUGAGCCAGGUGAUGGUGGGAGCCGUGAUUGGCCUCAUCGUUGGCACAGUAUGGUUCAGCCUGACGCAUUGGUUCUUGACGCCACUGUUCCCGAUGGUGGUCUCGUGGAAGGUGUCGGAACUGUUUCUCCUGCGGGACACCACGCUGAUUCCGAACAUUUUGUGGUUCGAGUACACCGUCACCAGGCAGGAGGCCCGUGCCCGAGCUCGCAAGCUGGUCAGCAUGAAAUCUCAGUGACGGUUCUGGUCGCCCUGAUCCGACGAUUUCGGUACAUCCCGUCGGUACGUUAAAUAGCAACGCUUAGAAGGUUACAAAGAAUUACAAUACCCACCAUCACCAACCAGAACAGCAGAAGCAACCAGCAGCACCAUCCAGUAGGUAAAGUUACGCGACAACGGCGACCAGCAUCGGAUUCAACGCUAUAUACGGUCUCCUCAUACAACUUGAGUUUAUGUGACAGGGCAAUCGUUCGAGAUAUUUUUAAUUCUUACUCAUAGGUAAAACAGUUUUUCCACCAUGACCAUUACGAACUCGAAUUUAGUAGUUCAGGAAAUCAAUUGUGGGUCAUAGUUACGUUUGUAAUGCACACGUAUUUAGGAUACAGUAAAUUCACAUUUUGUUUUAUCAUUAAACUUUCUUAUAUUUUAAUCAUAGUUUAAGAUCUAAAAGCUUUAUUUGAAAGACUUCACUCGUUUACAGCCAAUAAGACUGGAUUGUUAGAUUAUUGUGAUGAUGAGGCCUUAUUUCAGUCACCGCUUUCCGGCUCCUACAUUGAUGGACAGAAGCUUCAAGCACUUCACUAAAAAUUUCAAAAACGUCAAAUUCGACCUUUUUUCCGAUGGUUCUUUUCUACGGCCGUAACUCAAGUUAACGAACGUUUUGAUAAUCAUUUUCUAGGGUGUCAAAUUAGAUGGUCAUGAUGUCAACCUGCCUUAAAUGAUUCAUAUUUCUUUCGUUAAAUGGCUACACCCUUCAAUUCAACAAUAUCAAAGGUAUCCAAAGGAAUUUCAGCAGGUGUCUGCUUCAAAAAUCUCUGAAGAAGCUCCUGAAAUCGUGAGAAAUCUCAUGAGUUUCAAUAUCGAGUUAUAUAGUGUUAACUGUAUGAUCAUGGCACUAGUAGCAUCCGAGAGACAUUAGAAAUUAUAUGCGUGAAGAAGCAAAAUAAUACUCUAAAAAUAUUUAAAAGGAUUUAAUAGAGAUAUUUUUCCAAUUAAAUCAUAAGUUUUUCCACGUAUUUUCGUCGAACAUCCUUCAAGAUUUUCAUUUGGGUUUCCAAGAAUUGGCUUUUUAGGUGUAUCCUGUUUUCUACAUAUUCAGAUUCUAGGUUAAAAAUUUAGCUAAAACCCAAAAUUUUAUAUUUCUCCGUGAUCUGGGGUUAUAUACUUUUAAAGCAAGUAUGAAGUUAGCAUGGAAAUCAAUUUGAAAUCACCUCUCGACAAACUUCACUACGGGGCGAGCUGUCAUUAUAUAAAUUGAAAUGACAUUGAAUCUACAAACUGAAAUCUUCAAGUUACGAAAAAUUAACUUUUCCAUCGCUAAACAACCUAAUUCAACCAGUAUCUCAUAUUUUCUUAGGAACUGAAGAUUUCUUUAAAACAUCAACCAGGAAUAAAAAUAGCUCUAGUAUUUCUGCCAGGGAUUCUUCCAGAAGAGGUCUGCGUGAUAUGUUGAGAGUUGAAAUCAAAAUUGAGUUAUUGGGUCACCAAGUGGCUCGGUAGCUUAGUUGAUAAAGCACUCGUCUAGCAUACAAGAUUCGUGGGUUCGUAUCCCACAUGAGCACAUGGAUUUUUUUUCAUAAUUUCACCCAUAGUUUAUCCAUCUUGACAACGCGUAACGAGUUUAUUAAUUCAAAAACCAUACAGAUUGGAUUAUCGAACUGCUCAAUUCAUGUUUCAAUAAAUAACUCCAAGUUUUUUAAGAACUUUUUCAACAAUUAAACCAAUGAUUUCUCAAAAGAUAUCUCUACAAAAAACCUGAAAUA